UCCCAUCGUCCUUGCCGCUUUCUGAAGCAGCUCCGGAAGUGCUCUUUCCUGAGGGCCUUUAGUUGUGCUGUGUGGCUGCCUUGCCGUCCUGAGUCGAUUCCAAAUACUUCCCUUUCGUGCGCCAGAGGAAGUAGCAGCCACCACCAACUGUGCCUCCCACCCCUGGGGCCCCAGGAGCCCCGCGGAACCGGAACCUGCGCUGCUCUGAGCCCUGAGCCCCAGGCCUGUUGAGAAGCAGCCGGGAGAAGAUGGAGCCAGAGCCCCUCUACAACCUGCUGCAGCUCCCCAAGGAUGUGGCGCCGCCCACAGAGGAGGAGGGGGAGGGGCUGCCGCAAGGGGAAAAGAAGAAAUACCUGCCACCCAAUUCCCGGAAGGACCCCAAGUUCAUAGAGCUGCAAAAGGUGCUGAUGGAGUGGAUCAACGCCACCCUCCUUCCUGAGCACAUCGUGGUCCGCAGCCUGGAGGAGGACAUGUUCGACGGGCUCAUCCUGCACCAUCUCCUCCAGAAGCUGGCGGGGCUCCAGCUGGAGGCCGAGGAAAUCGCCCUGACCGCCGCCAGCCAGAGGCGCAAGCUCCAGGUGGUGCUGGGGGCUGUGAACCAGAGCCUGCAGCUGGAGGAGCCACAGGACAUGUGGAGCGUGGAGGCCAUCUUCAACAAGGACCUGCUGGCCACGCUGCACCUCCUUGUGGCCCUGGCCCAGCGCUUCCAGCCCAACCUGGCCCUGCCGCCCAACGUCAGGGUGGAGGCUGUCACCAUCGAGAGAACCAAGAGCGGCCUCAAGUCGGAGAAGUCGGUGGAGCAGCUCACAGCGAGCAGUACAGACAAGGACCAAGCUCUGAAGGAUGUCUUUGAUGAAUUAUUCAAGCUGGCUCCGGAGAAAGUGGGUGCCGUGAAAGAGGCCAUCGUGAGCUUUGUCAACCAGAAGCUGGAGCGCCUGGGGCUGUCGGUGCAGGACCCGGACACCCAGUUUGCCGAUGGAGUCAUCUUACUCUUGCUGAUUGGACAACUGGAAGGCUUCUUCUUGCACUUAAAGGAAUUCUACCUCACUCCCAGUUCUCCUGCAGAAAUGCUUCACAACGUUACUCUGGCCCUGGCCCUGCUGAAGGACGAAGGCCUGCUCAGCCACCCCGUCAACCCCGAAGACAUCGUGAACAAGGAUGCCAAGAGCACGCUGCGGGUGCUCUACAGCCUCUUCUACAAGCACAAGCUGAAGGCAAACGAGGACAAGAGGCCCCAGGGAACCCCAAAUUAGCUGCCACUGUCCCGCUAAAGCUGUUUCUCCACCCCUGUCCUGUUCCCUUCAGAUAAAUGUCUUGAUUCCACACCAAGA